AUGUCGACCUCCGCUGAACCACAGCCAUCGAACGAUAUACUUUAUUCCGAUCCUCACUUUCAUAUAACCGCUACACAUUUAACAAUAAAAUAUUAUUAUUUUCCAGUUCCGAUGCCAAUCGUUAUCCCUCUUACGGAAAUUGUCUCAAUUGACACAUUUGAAGAUCUGAACUUGGGGUGGUUCUCCCUAAAGACGCGAUACUUUCUUCCAGCGAACCAACUUUGCAUUGUUGAGGUGAAAGAUGACUGUAUUAGGAAAGGAUUUUCGGUGGAUGAUCACAUGGCUAUUGAAAUUUUGAGGAAAGCUUGGCGCGAAGCUUUGGCUGCUAAGAACUCAUGA